AUCAAAUGCCUGUUUGAACUUGAUUUUUGUCUAUGAAUGUAAUGUAAAUUUAUAGUAGAGAUGUCAAUCUAUGUUUUGUGAUGUAAAAUAUUAAUAUUGAUCAUGUAUUUUGUGCGCCAGGGUCCUGUGUGAAAAGUCCUGAUUUGACCUCUACCCCUGACCCGGAUGUAUAUAAUCCACGUUGGUGACACAUUUUGACAGCUAUCUCCAGAAAAUGCCCAACAUGUUAUGUUGAAACUUUUAUAUUUUGCUUCUCACAUGUUGGUCUUGGCCAGGUGAGAUGGAAAUUUGCAUAUGAGAUAUUGGGAAUUUACUAUGAAUUUUAAUGUUACAAUGAAACAUAUAGCGAAGCUAAUUGUGGUCUCGGUCCAGACAAGAAGAAACCACGAGGUAUUUACAUCAAUUUCAAUGUGUCAAAAUGGGUAUUUUUGUCGUAUCUGUCAUUACAGAGUCAGGUCGUCAUAAUGUAUUGGACACUACGGCAAUGGAGCUUGAAGGCGAUUUAUCGUUCCUAGAUUUGUAUAAUAGGGUGAACGAAACACAGUAAUUGUUAUCAGAAAUUCGGAUCUCGGGCAAUCGCCCCCCUGUAGCGAAUAAAAUCGUCAUUUCGUCCGCAGAAAUGUCCAUAUUGGUAUGUCAAGGUUUAGGGAUGAGAUUUGUUGAAUUCUUAGUGAAACCCCAACACGAGAAAGAGACACAAUCUACCAGUGACACGGUUAAAAUGUCAGCAUUUUCUGUGCUAAUGGAAUCCCAAAAAACCGCUUUCUCUUCCAUCCUAACCUCCGCCAAACUUGUCGAUCCUCAAAAACUGUAUUGUGAUUUUCAAUGGUAAAUUAAAGUUUUCAUUUCCUAUGGGUUGGGACCAUGCUUUUAGUCUCAUUAAUAAAUAUUGUUAGAUUUAAUAGUCCAUGCUACCAUUUUUUGGAGUUGUUUAUUAGUUUGAGAUAAGGGAGGGGACCAUUGGGGCGCGACGAAUUACCCAAAUCUACCCAAAUCUACCAAAUCUACCCAAAUCCACCCAAAUCUACCCAAAUCCACCCAAAUCCACCCAAAUCUACCUUAAUCUACUAUGUAAAUCAAACAAAAUCAUACUUACAGCUGAUAAUUUGGGAACGUGAACUUGUUAAAUCAAUUUUUAGUGCAUCAUUGUCGCGUAGUGCACCAUGAAUCGAUAUAAUGUACACAAACACUCUAACUUCAGUAGCGGUUAUCUCCCCUUAUGCAUGUAAUGUCAAGGAACAACAAAGACCUGGUUAAUUUAAAGACAAUUUAUUACGUAGAAUAUUGAUUAUAUAACAAGCAAUAGACCACUUUCACAUUCGAGUGCGCAUGUGCGAUAUCAGUUAUCCCCCUUUGCAAAAUUUUGCCGAGGGGGCAGCCUGAAGUGUCAAAAUACGGUCGUUAACGAGAUUGGUAAUUCCGCUGCAGUAUCGUUCAUCCGACGUUGUCAGCCUAAAAUUUUAGUGAAAGUUGUAAGAAAUAUCAUCAAGGAAGGUCAUUGUUAUAUUCAGUAAUGACAUGCUUGAGGGGAUACGUAUACCUGGAGCUGUCAAAACCGUGCAGAGACGCUGACAUGUAAACAGCACCAGCAACAGUAAUCCGCCAUUGUCAUCGUCACAUUUUAGUAAGAGUUGAACUAUUAAUAGUCCAGGGUAAUCGUAUGUAUAUAGAGACAUGUCUUUCUUUCUUCCAUUAACGUAAACGAUGUCGUUUUUCACUCGAGAUUGGUUUGUCAACAAACUGUCGGCAAAUACAUGGACUACAUCAUUAAAAAAUGUGCCGGAGAAAUACUGUCACGAGCAACUUAAAAAGUAUUUGGUAGAAAGCAGGGAAAAAACGUUUGAUAAAGACUCUCUGAGAGCUUUUAAAAGUUUAAAAGCAUUUAAGUAUUUUAAAGACGGAUAUGUGCAAAAGUUAAAGACAGCUACUGUAAAAGAUGAUGCGGUAUCACCCGACAGCAUAUUUCUGUGCAAGGCUCAAGUCAUGGCAUCAAUGGCCCGUAAACAUUACACCGUGUUUACAUGUAUCAGCUCCUCUUCUGGACUUGUUCUUGGCGGAUCAUGUGAAUGUGUCGCCGGGAAAGGAGAAGCCUGUAACCAUGUUGCGGCAGUACUGUUCGCCCUUGAUGAUUUUGUGUCAGAAGGCUUAAAUAAUGUACCAGAUGAUGUCACAUGUACGGAUAGGCUUAAGCAGUGGAACAAACCCUCAGAAAGAGUUGUUCAAGCAAAGACAGUAGCUGAUAUAAAAGUACAUAAGCCCAAGUUUGGCUCUAAGGAGAGACCCAAGAUGACAAAAACCGAUCCACGACAUCCAGCAGACAGAACUGUGAACUCAGAGGCCAGAAAGCAGCUAUUUGACAGUAUAAAGAAAAUCCUGCCUCAAUGCGGUUUCGGAAAAUAUGGUGUUCCAAAGGUUUCUGCUAGCAUAUUAAGUGAAAGUCCAUCAAAAAGUACAAUCAGUACACAUUUCAUUAAUGUACAUCCUCCAAGUUUGAAAGAUAUCAAAGACGCAUGUGAGGAUUUUAAGAAAAAACUGCAUGUUUCUGAUGAAGACAUUAAAGAAAUUGAUUCCAAAACUAUGUCUCAAUCAAAAUCAGCCUUAUGGCACCAGGUCCGAUCAGUUAGAAUCACUGCAUCAAAUUUUCAUUCUGAGUUUAAAAGGAGGUCGACAACAAAUCCAACAUGUUUGUUAAAAAAGCUACUUGGUUAUGGAAGCUCUGUGAAAAAAGCAGCCAUGAAGUUUGGGCUUGAUGCCGAAGGUCAGGCUAUCGAGCGAUAUCUCGCAGAUUUACAAAACAAAACGGGAAAUCGUUGUUUAGCGAAGGAAGUUGGAUUUCGAAUUCACAAGGAACAUCCCUUUUUAGGAGCAUCCGCAGACCGAAUUCUGGAAGAUCCCGUUAGAGGAAUGGUAGUAAUCGAGCUAAAAAAUCCCUUGUCAACAUGGGACAAAACUAUUCAUGAAGCUUGCAAAGUUUUACCGUGCCUGGAAUUUGAUGAAAAUGCACAGGUCACCCUUAAUAGGAAACAUGCAUAUUACACACAAGUUAUCGGACAAAUGGCGGUGUAUGGAAUAUCCCUGUGUGAUUUUGUCUUGUGUACAAAGAAUGAAAUAUUUGUGGAAACUGUAGAUUUUGAUGAAGAUCUCUGGAUGGAGUAUCUUCCAAAACUUGAAUAUUUCUAUAACAAUGCUGUCCUUCCAGAAAUUGUAUAUCCUUCAGUGAUAUAUGGCAAUGAGCCAUUAGUGUUGGAGUAAUCAAUUUAUAUUUCUUACAUA